ACUUUUUUUCAGUAUAAAUGAGUUUCUCACACAAUUUAGAUAAAUUCAUUUUUUUCUUGUGUCCAGUUACGUGUUCUUUCUGAAGAAACGUACCCAUAUCGAGUUUAAUUCUAAUCACAUCAACUCUAAUCAUCUCCUUUUUUAUCACUAUCGUUCCAUAUCUAGAAAAUUUCUAGGACUUUGACUGGAAUAUGUGAUGAAGGGACUCCUGACUGUAACCUCGUUACCAAUUCUUCUGACUUUCUGAUUAUAAGAAAAAAAAAACAAUUUAGACGAGUUGAUUUCCCCGAACCACAAUGAGAUCAGCUCCGAACGUAACGACGUUCAAAAGCACGUUUCAUAGUAAUCUGGUUUUGAGCCAAUGGCUCUAGAGGUUAAUUUCCUUCUCGGCGUAUGUAGCAGUUCAGUGACUUAAAUUUUUUGAUCAGUUAUCUAAAAAGUUUUACGGUUCAUAAGCUUCUGCUUGUUUUUGCCCGUGUUAUCAAGUUUUUGUUUUAGUUUCAAAAUGACGGAAGAGGAUAGCUCUAAUUUGAAAAGCCCUUCGUUUAGGCAGUCGUGCAAAGCAUUAAAAGCUGCUGUUAACAUGCUUGCAGAUCUGGAAGUUUAUAAAAACUUGAACUCUCUGUCACGCUGCAUGAAAUUUUUUCCAAGGUUUCACGGAGAAGAGUUACUUCUGGAGACGUUAAUAAAGCAUUUGGAUAUGGGCAUUGGACUAUUGGGCUGCUCGCUUCAAUGUGAAAAAAUGCAGUUUUUAUGUGGAACAUUAGCAAAUAUUGCUGUUGAUUGCAGCUGUAGGAUGCAUCUCAUCGACAAAACAGAUGUUUUGAACUCAUUAGAAAAACUGUUGGACGUGAAUAGUGUUUCUACCCAAAUUCUGUCCAGAAGUGCGCGUUUGAUAGCGAAUCUAGCUAGAGUAGAAGCAGCUGCGGAGGAUAUGUUUUCUACAAAUACAGUCUUUUCACUUCUCAAACAUGCUGGAGACACAACGCAUGCCAGUAACUUCGAUUGCACUGAGUGCAUUGUACGAGCAGUUCGCAUUUUAACAGCUGGAAGACCUCAGUUGUUGAGCAUGAUGUUGAACCAAGGAGGAGUUUCAACUGUUUGCAGGAACUUUUCACCGCAAUCUCAGCCGCUGUCGUUACAAGCUGAAAUUCUGAAGUGCUUGAAGGAGCUCUGCGUGACAAAUUGCAGCAUGGAACUUGCAGGUCAAAUCAAGGACAGUGGAAUUCUGCCCAAUCUAAUUGAUGUUGCCCGGCUGUCUUCGACUACAACUGAGGUGUCGGUAGCCUCACAUACAGCUGUUAAGAUUAUAUGUGAAGUGGUGCAACAUUCCAUAGCAAGAGGGAUACUUGGAUGCACUGGUUGUGUUGAGCUGUUUUUCACGAUCAUCAAAAAUACGGAGGGGCAAUAUUCGAACGUAGAGGUUAGCAAGAGCGUCGCGGGCAUCUGUUAUCUGUCGAGAGAAUGUCUAACUCGGCUCAAAAUGAGGGAUCAGGGCUAUUUACCUGAUCUAGUUGCCUUGCUGGGAGAGCAAAAACAGAAGCGACUUUUCAACAUGAUUCUCACGAGCCUACUUUGUUUUUCUAAUGACGAACUCGGUCUCAUUCUAAUGGUCAAACGAGGAAACCUCCUGAGACAUCUGUUCAAUCUUCUAGAUGAAGACAACUUUCAGGCAGUUUCCCACCCAAAGUGUAACGAUAAGUGCCAAUUAAAGGAAAAGCACUUGCUGCAAAUGCGUCCCGACUUGUUCAGUCUGGAUUUUGGCACUCCGAUUGAGUACUACAAAAGCACAGCGUACCAAAGAUCAAUAUCAUGUAGCUCAACGGGAUCUCCUUACCAUGCUGCUUUAACAAGUCUACCAGGUGAAAUUUCUCCUCCUUGGAGUACAACGACUUGCUCGCCUAGUAGUAACCCAGGUGCAGGUGGCAGUAGAUUUAUGAUUACGUCACCGACUCGUAGUGGGAUGGGUAGUGGAUCCAGACAAUGGCUGCCAUUCAGCCAAAGUCCAUUUCUAGAGCUCAGUCCAAAUCAUUUCAUGUUGUCUCCGAACUAUCCAUCGUCUCCCGUUUCGUAUGAUUUUUCAAGUGCUAAUAGUUUUACUAAUUCGGUAGCUCCUGAAAUGUUUAGCGACGAAGAAGAAGAAGACACUGAAGAUGAUCAGAAUAACGAGUCUGGUAGGCAACAGAUUGAAGGCUCAGUGAAUCCAUCAAAAAUCGCAGAGAUUAGCACCAUAGUUGCAGAAAAUGCAUCCGGAAGUACUGAAGAGAAAUUGGAGUUGGAUUCUAACAUUCUCAGCGUUGACUCAGGACUAGGGGUAUCAUCAUUUUCUCCCGUCGCUGUUAGUGAACAAAGUGGGAGCGCCAUAAACGAAGAAAUUAUUCCCAGAAAACGCAGGAUGUCGACUUGUGGUCAAGAACCUUCUGAAAAACGUGAAAAGAGAAUGUCGGAAAGCAGCGCUAUUUCAAUUGCAAAUGAAUGCGAAACAAUGAAAGCACCAAAUGCGAGCAAAACCCCUUGUGUUGACGACAAGUUGACUGGCAAGCGGAUUCUGACAUGCGCCGAGUCGAAUGUGUUGCAGCUGUUGACAAAAUUGUCGAUGAUACACGAAACAGCUCUGAUGUUGUGUAAGUCAGAAUACACGGAAAGCAUUCUUAAUUAUUAUGCCAAAUUGAACUCACCUAACGCACAGCUUCAAAGAGUGCUGGAGCGAUUAGUUGAAAAUGUAGUUCUUUUUAUGCAAUUGGUGAAGAAUAAUUUCGUGGUAAAACUUCACCGCAGGCUCGCCAAAUUGAGCCCUGAAGAAGAAGAAGCCAUGAGCGAAUUGAUAAGUGGUCUGGUGAUUUUACUACAAUCUAAUGCGGAGAGCAAAUACAAUUAUAGUGAGUUGUAUAAUGCGCUGUCAAAUAGCCCUAUUGAAAUGCAGUUUUCAGUGGCAGUUUCAUUACCGUUCAUAAUGAAGAAACCAGAAUUCCAAAAAGUGUUCUUUGUCGACCACUUUGCACUUGACCUCUUGGUGAACAGUUUUUCGAAAACUCAAUACUUGAACGAUGAAGACCUACAGUAUGCAGUUUAUGCGCUAAGGCAUGUUAUAAACGUCGUAUCACAUCCGAAACCUGAAAAUUCAGCAGUGGAUGAAGCUCUUUUGACACAAAACGUCGACUCUGACUGUGACGACGAAAAAGUAGAAAUAUAUUUCGAUGGCUCCGAGAAGGAUCUUUUCAGUCGAAAGAUGUUAUCAGACAGCUCAGACGUGCUGAAAGUAUUGUUAAAUAGCGAAUCUGGAUUUAAAGAAGGAACUCAAAGUUCGGUUUCACUGAAAGGUGUCAAAUUAAUGGACUUCAGAAUCGCCGUAAUGCUGGUUCAAAACAAAGAAAUGCAACCGGAAUUCUCGCUGAGUUUUGAACCUUAUGGGACUUUGAAUGUCAUGGAAAUGUACAAUCUGUUAUCCAAUUGUACGCACCCAGAAAUGGUGGCAUCAAAGUUCCUUAAACUCAUAGAAACGUCUGAUUCGGAAGACUUGUUUGAAUCUUUUGUGACAAAAACAUCUCUAAUGCCAUCAAUGUCAAUAACUUCCUUAAACUUAGUUAGUAUUAUUAUUUUCCAGCAUUUGUUCAUGACUGAUAAGUAUGUGGACGAAGCUAAAUGUGUAAAUUAUAUGAAGGCUCUCUUAAAUUUACCGCAAUUUUCUGUUCUGCUCCUAGAGUGUUUUUCUGAAAAGGUUGUAAAGUUUUAUUUUCCUAAAUAAAUGAUUCACAACGACAUUUCAGUUUUCCAUUUCUUCUCGAAUUGGCCGUUUAAAAUACCGUGUUUUCUCGAAAGAGCCCCCCACUUCGUAACAAGUUGUCAAUUAAGAGACACAUAACUUCAUACAUUCAAAAAAUUAGAGACGUCGUUAAAUAAAAGACUUUUUUAAGCCAGGUU